AUAUUUAUUAUCUAACUAUAUAUUUAAUUUUCAUAGAUUUAUAUGCAGGUUAAAACAUAACCUUUAUAUCUUUUAAUAAACAUCAACAGAGCAAUGUGUAAAUAAUUUUAUGAAAAAAUGACUUUAGCUACAAUAAAAAGUGCGUCUCGGGCUCAGUUGUAUUUUUUGAAACGAUUUUCUUUUCACGCUGCUAAGUGGAAUGUUAAUACUUGUCAAAAACAUAUUCUAUCAGAAGAUGAUAAUAAUAAUAAUGGUUUGAUAUUACCCCAAAGUAAUAAAAAAUGUGUAAAAGUUGCUUUUAUAGGUUUACCAAAUGUAGGAAAAAGUACUUUAGUUAAUCAACUUUCACGCAGAUCAAUAUGUCCUGCAUCUGCAAAGGUUCAUACUACGAUGCACAAAGCAGAUGCUGUGUAUAUUGAAAAUGAUACACAGAUUGUAUUUAUGGAUACACCUGGAUUGGUAUCAAUGCGAGAAAUGAAAAAAUAUAAACUAUCUAAAAGCUUUAGAGACGAUCCCUUAAUUUCAAUCAGUGAAGCAGAUGUUAUUGGAAUUAUUCAAGAUGUAACUAAUGUAUAUACUAGGCACAAAAUUAGUAAUUUUGUUAUUGACUCCUUGCAGAAUAAAAGAGAAGAUACUUCGUUAUUAUUAAUCUUGAAUAAAGUUGAUAAAAUAAAGAAGAAAACAGUUUUAUUAGAUCUCACAAGACUAUUAACAAAUUCUGAAAUUUAUCCAAAGUUUGAUGAUAUUUUUAUGAUAUCUGCAUUGACUGGGGAUGGCAUAGAUGAUUUAAGGAACUAUCUACUUGAUUCAGCUAAAGUAACAGAAUGGAAGUAUGAAGACUAUGAUACUAAUCAGAACAUUGAAAGUAUAAUAGUAGAAACUGUAAGAGCUAAAUUAAUGGAUGCUCUUCCAUUUCAAAUGCCAUAUACUAUUAAAUUACAAAUGGAACAAUUUGGCUACAAUGACGAUGGUGGUAUCGACAGUGCUGUGCUGUUAAUCUGCCCUAAACAAAGUUAUGUAAGAACAUUAUUAAAACGUAAAGGUGAAAAAAUUAAGUUCAUAGCAUUUCAAGUAGAAAAGAAUUUACGUAGUGCAUUUAGAAAAUCUGUGUUUGUACGUCUAAUUGUAAAACAAGAAGAGAAAAAGUAAUAAUUUUAUCAAAAUUAUUAAUUUUUUUUAUACAGAAAUAAGUACAUAAAA